CGGCGCGGAGACAAAACCCGGGUAUUUUUCACCGCCAGAGUGUCUUCUUUGCAGAGCAGCCAGAUCAGCUGUUGCAGUCAACGUGUGCAACAUUAUCUGGUGUAAUUUUGCUGGCUUGAACUCUUCUGAUUAGUCUUGAAUUACCGCCUGUUUGUAGGGUCAACAUGGACAGUCGGAAACGACCGUUAGAGGCUGUUUUGAGCGCCGGUAACAGCUUCAAAACACCGGAGAAGAGAGUGUCCGUUGUCCCUCUGCUGGACUCGGACUACACGCGAUGGGGAGUGGAGGAAACGUGUCAGUAUCUGCGAAGAGAGGGUCUCGGAGAAUGGGAGGAUAAAUUUAGAGAGCAAAAGAUCACUGGUGUGGGGCUGAGAUAUCUCAAGGAUGCUGACCUGGAAAAGAUUGGCAUACAGUAUCUUGGUGAUCGCCUACAGAUCCUGCACAGCCUCAGGAAGCUGUGGCAGGUAGAAGCGGAGCCAAGUAAGGUGUUUAAUGAUCCCAUCCACGGCCAUGUGGAGUUACACCCACUCCUAAUCAAAAUCGUUGACACGCCUCAGUUCCAGAGACUACGAAACAUCAAGCAGCUUGGAGCGACCUACUUUGUUUUCCCUGGAGCAUCCCACAACCGCUUUGAACACUGCAUCGGAGUGGGUUACUUAGCAGGACGACUUGUACAAGCUCUGAAUGAGAAGCAGCCAGAACUCCUCAUUUCUCGCAGAGAUGCUCUUUGUGUGCAGAUUGCCGGGCUCUGCCAUGAUCUUGGACAUGGGCCAUUUUCUCACAUGUUUGAUGGCAUGUUCAUCCCCAAAGCACGUCCAGAAAUUACCUGGAAGCAUGAGACUGCCUCUCUAGCCAUGUUUGACUACCUGGUGAAUGAUAAUUGCCUGAAGCCGGUGAUGGAGCAACACGGCCUGGUGCUGCCUGAGGACCUGGACUUCAUCAAGGAGCAGAUUGCGGGACCUUUGGAUACUAAUGCCGCUCAAGGCAAGAAGUGGCCGUAUAAAGGCCGACCAGAGGACAAGUCCUUCCUCUAUGAAAUUGUGGCCAACAAAAGAAAUGGCAUUGAUGUGGACAAGUGGGACUACUUUGCCAGGGACUGCUACCACCUGGGCAUCCAGAACAACUUUGACUAUCGCCGCUUCCUAAAGUUUGCCAGGGUGUGUGAGGUGGACGGGCAGAAGCACAUCUGCACUAGAGACAAGGAGGUGGGCAAUCUGUAUGACAUGUUCCACACAAGGAACUGUCUCCACAGGAGAGCCUACCAGCACAAAGUGGGAAACAUCAUAGAAACCAUGGUCACAGAGGCCUUUUUAAAAGCAGAUAAGCACAUCCAGAUUGAAGGCUCAGGAGGGAAGAUGUUCACUCUCUCUACAGCAAUAGAUGAUAUGGAGGCCUACACCAAGCUGACAGAUCAUGUGUUUGAACAAAUACUCAACUCGUCCUCCUCGGAGCUGGCUGAGGCAAGGCAGAUCCUGCGCAACAUCAUCUGUCGGCGCCUCUACAAGUGUCUGGGCCAAACCCAAGCAGACAAAUCCAUGAGUGUCACCAAGGAGGAGAUUCACAGAUGGGAAGCAGAUUUGGCUCAAUCCAUCCCUCAGAGUGGCGCCCAGGAUGUCGAUCUGCGGCCAGAGGACUUUCUAGUUAAUGUCAUUUUUCUGGACUAUGGGAUGAAGGAGAAGAACCCCAUCAACAAUGUGCGUUUCUAUUGCAAGAAUGACCUAACCACAGCCAUCCAGAUCCGCAAGAACCAGGUGUCUAAACUUCUUCCUGAGCGCUUUGCAGAGCAGCUCAUCAGGGUUUACUGUAAGAAGACGGAUGACAAGAGUCUGGAGGUGGCCAAGAAGCACUUUGUCCAGUGGUGCAUGGACAAGAACUUCUCAAAGCCCCAGGAUGGAGACAUAAUAGCACCUGAGCUGACCCCUCUGAAAGCCAGCUGGUCCAACAACAAUGAAGGCGAGGAUGGUGAAGGCGGCAGCUACAGAGAAGUAAACUGGGCUAGUGUAAAUGGACAAAAGAAAGCCAAAAUUCAGCUUUUUAAGUAAGAGGAAAUGAGCCAAUAGCCCUCUGUUACAUAUUUGGUAGAUGAGAAAGUGUUGAAUGAAAAUUAUAUUUUUCUACAAGGCAAGUGUGUUGAUUAGCACAGCACAACUAAAAAUCAUUAAUUCUGUUUGAAGAAUUAAACACCAAAAAGAAAUGAUUUCAAAGUUUCAAAAAAGAGGACUCAUUAUGGUAUAUUCAGGGCCUGCACUCAGGUUUUUUCUACAGAAAUAACACCCUCUUCAAUAUUAUAUACAUAUGUUUGUUUUAGUUUGACCAAUUUAAUCAGGUUUUUAUUUCAAACUCCCCUUUUCCAUUUGGAGCUGUGAGUGUCACAUUUUAAGUUGAAUUAUUGUUUUAUAAGCAUGUGCAAUGCAAUAGCCUGCUAUCAUGUAUUUAUAUCAUGAACUAUAAAUCAUAGUCAGUUAAAAUGUUUUAUUCUGUUACUCAACAUUUCAGGGCAGUGUAUUUUUACAACCUAUACAUGAGUUAGUACAAAUGUUUCAGGGCGUAGUACAAUCUUUCUGAUUCCUUUUUUUUUUUUUUUUUUUUUUUUUUUUUGCACAACAGUCUUUUGUAAAAAGUUCACCGAAUCUGCAGCUAAAAGUUACCAUACAUACUCCAUAAACAAACGCACAGUGUUGAUGAUUGUUGCAAAUCCAUUGCUCUCUGACGUUUAAGUGAGCAUCGAAUGUGUGGUUUUUAUUUGCGAAUUUAUUUUAAAAUUGGAUUUGAUCUUACUUUGACUUGAAUGUAAUUAUUUUUGAGUUUGCUGUGGUUGUUGUUGUGGUGUUUUUGUAGUGCCUAUUGCUUUCUUCUAUCAUCUGUGCAUCUGUGGGUAAAACAUAUUUGGAUGUACAGUGUUAUGCAAUAUUUUCUUCUUACAAAAUGUAGUGUUGUCUCAUCAUAUCAGCCUCCUAGUUUUUGUUUUAGCGAUGUGUAAGAAAAGAAUUAUAUUUUUGAAAAAGUGUAAAGUAAAAUCUACCUAAGGUUAUCAGGGGAUCUUGUGAAGGUUAUUUCUUAAUGAGAGGGGCUGAAAACAGAUUGUCCUUGCUCAGUUUGAAAAUAAAACUCUUUUCUCUCAA